AUGUCUGAUAGAGUACUGUUUGUGGACCAAAAGCUAAAGCGUAAGAUGGAGGAUCGAGAGGAAUUACUGACCCUGAGGCUUGGCUACAACAACACUUCCAAACACUUGAAGGCAUAUGAGGUUUCAGGUAAUUCUUCUUCAAAACAUGUUGAAGAGAGCCAAUACUCCUGCAAUUACUGCGACAUGAAGUUUCCCAAUUUUCAAGCUCUUGGGGGACAUCAACAUGGCUACGCCCACAAGUAUCAGAGAACCCUCUUAACAUGGGGGAAAGAUCUCAGCCUGAAGCCUUAUGAGAUUGAAUCUCAUGCUCCUGAUAAUGCAUUUCCAAUGAAAAAUCCUUCAUUCCAAUUCAAAUCACCCCUUGAUCAUCUUGAUUAUGCAACCAUGUUGAAGCGUUUUAUGCACAGGCCUAGGAGUGACAUGUCUUCUGGGCCUCUUGGACAAGGUAGUUAUGCUAACCAUGCAGGGCCAAACACGUCCUUCACUGCAUCACCCCAAUUCGGGGUGAAUCCUUUACUGGGUGGAGGUGUUGGUGGAAUUCCACAAAGAUUGAACCAUGUGGUGGAUCUGCAGAAACUUAAUCAGGUUCCACCAUUUGUAGAGGGUGAAGCUCACAGAAUUUUUCAAGGUGCUCCUCUUGAAGGCCUUCAGGAAGAGGAGCUUGAUUUGUCGCUCACUCUUAAAAGGUAG